GAUUAAGCGUGCCUUGUCGAAAAAAGGUCCGAGACUUCAACUCAGACAGAGAGAAUAUUGUCGAGAAAAAACUCAGGUAGAGAGAAACCGAGUCUAAACUCUAAAGCAUGGCUCACGGCGACGGCGUUACUCACGACCUGGUUUCCCUGCUCGGCUCCGGCGAUCGGGACUUCCUCGUCCGUAACAACGGUGACCAGGUAAAGAUCAAUACUUUGAGUGGUAAAAUCUUGGGUUUGUAUUUCUCUGGCUCAUGGUGUGGUCCAUGUCGACGUUUCACCCCCUACUUGGUGGAGGUCUACCAGGAACUUGCUUCCAAAGGGGACUUUGAAGUUGUGUUCAUCUCUUCUGAUAGAGAUGAGGAGUCAUUCAGUGGGUACUUUUCUGAAAUGCCGUGGCUUGCGGUACCCUUUUCGGAUUUGGAGACCCGAAAAGGGGUAAAGGACUUGUUCAAAGUCAGGGGGAUUCCUCAUUUUGUUGUUAUUGAUGCCAAUGGGAAGGUUUGCACUGAUCAAGGGGUUGUUGUUGUGAGGGAGUAUGGUGUGGAGGGGUAUCCGUUCACCGCGGAGAGGAUUAGUUUCCUGAAGGAGCAAGAGGAGGCAGCUAAGAAGGAUCAGUCUUUGAGUUCUCUCUUGGUUUCUAGCUCUCGGGAUUACUUGAUUUCGAGUGAGGGGAAUAAGGUGUCUGUGUCUGAGCUUGAAGGAAAGCUAGUUGGUCUGUACUUCACGCUGAAUAUACGCAAGGCGUGCAAAGACUUUACUCAGACACUUGUGAAGUUCUAUAAUAGUCUCAAGGAGAAAGGAGAGGACUUUGAGAUAGUGUUGAUAUCUCUAGACUUUGAAGAAGAACACUUCAAAGAAGGGAUUGCAGUCCCAUGGUUGGCAUUGCCAUUCAAGGACAAGAACUGCGAGAAACUUGCACGUUACUUUGAGCUCGAGACAGUACCUACACUAGUUAUAAUUGGGCACGAUGGAAAGACUCUACAUCCCAAUGUGACUGAACUUAUUGAAGAGCAUGGGAUUGAAGCCUACCCUUUUUCAGCAGAGAAGAUUGCUGAGCUUGCUGAGAUUGAGAAGGUCAAACUUGAAGCACAGACUCUGGAGUCGCUUUUGGUGUCUGAAGACACAGACUUUGUGAUAGAGACGAGCGGUGCCAAGGUACCGGUGUCUGAGCUUGUUGGGAAGCACAUUCUGCUCUAUUUCUCAGCUCAUUGGUGUCCUCCAUGUCGUUCAUUCCUGCCUAAGCUCAUAACCGCAUAUCAUGAGAUCAAGGCAAAGGACAAUGCUUUUGAGGUUAUCUUCAUCUCAAGUGACCGUGAUCAAUCCUCCUUCGAUGACUUCUUUUCAAGCAUGCCUUGGUUAGCCCUCCCAUUCGGUGAUCCAAGGAAGGCAUUUCUGCAGCGCAAAUUCAAAAUCCAAGGCAUUCCUGCGGUGGUAGCUAUUAGUCCCACCGGCAAGACAGUCACCACAACAGCCCGAAAGCUUAUACUAGCUCAUGGAGCCGAUGCAUUUCCUUUCACUGAAGAGCAUUUGAAGCAUUUGGAAGAAAAGAUAGAGCAAGAAGCAAAGGGGUGGCCUGAGAAAGUGAAGAGUGAACUCCAUGUUGAGCAUGACCUUGCACGCACUCGUCGCAAUGAAUAUGUGUGUAAUGGCUGUAGGGAUUCCGGAAGUGGUUGGUCUUUUUACUGCAAGGAGUGUGACUUUGAUCUUCACCCAAAAUGUGCUUUGAAGAACAAUGAAGCAACAAAGGAUGAUCCUGAGACCAAGACAAAGGAGGGAUAUGUUUGUGACGGUGAUGUGUGCCGUAAAGCUUGAGAAUGCAUCUAAAUUUAUCGUGCUGUUUAGUGUUUACUCUAUGUGCUGAGGUGUGUUGUGUCAUAUGCUAAUCACCUAAUGAGUGGAAAAGACUAUGGAAUCUAAAAUUGUCAUAUUAGAGAAUAAAGAUGUUGUGUUAUGUAUGAAUAGAUAUCAGAGUUUAUAAUAGUGAAUCUCUAAAAUAAAAUUCAAGCGAGCUAAGUAUAUAGAAAGAUGUGAUUUGCACCG